GUUUACCGUCAACUAGCAACUGCAGCCUCAACCAGCGGCUGCCGUCCUUCAAAACGACAGCGCUACUGUGCGCAUGCACGAGUGACUGGUUUAUUCUCCAUCUCCAUUUCUAUCUCCAUCUGCAGAUGGUCGUGCAAUGGCGGACCUCAGGAAGACUUGAUGCGCAGCAAGCCGCCAUGUAGAGGCGCAAGAGGCGGCAGGAACUGCACUAGAAGCUGAUUGAGUUGCUUGGGUCCCAACAGAAUGAGCAAGAUGGCAAGAAAGGCGAUGAAGCCCCUUCCAACGUCCGCUCCCUCCGAGAACGUCCCGCUGUUGUCCACCCUGACUUGCGAGGAGAUGUCCACCUUAAGAAAAAGUGGCCUUGAACCCAACAUAAAACUUGACUUCCUCAAGCCGGAGGCCUCUCCAUGGCUCCAGGAGAUACUUCAAGAGCUCAGAUCGGAUGAUGAAAGCAGGCGCAUGUUUGCUAUCUGGCGCUUUAAAGAGAGUUACGCGUAUCUUCUGUGGAAGCAAAGCUCAAGAACGGAUGGGGUCAAUGUCUCAAACUUCAUCCUGAGCAACGGAAUUGGAAGGGAGAUUCGGUUGGGAUUGGACGAUGCCAUAUCAAGUGGCCGCUGGUACUGGCUUCCUAAGGAUUUCAUCGCAGCUACUUUGGCUGGAAAGAAAGCCGAGAUCUUCAGCAAAGUGUCCAUCUACUGCUGCGCCCUCGACACGCUGGCAGUUGACUUCAGGUCGUUCAAGUAUAUCCUCAAAGAGAUCCCAGAUGUCUUUCAGGUGCUCUUUUCAUUCGAGGAACAAGACCAAGGGUUCUACACCAUGCCUGUCAGCAUCUUCUAUCGCUGUUAUGCACAGCCAAAGGCACAGAAAAAGAGGCCCUUCUCGACAGAGUGGAGACCUUCCGUCUGUACGUUCUUGCUUUGGCUGCUUGCAAGGAAGCAGAACCCAGAGAGCGUGCCCAGAGCGACACCAGCCGACGGACUGGAGGCAAGCUUUCAGCCGCUUGGCGCUUUUGGACGGCCAGAUCGGUGGGCGCUGUUCAGAACUCGGUCUUCUCGGCGGCAACUGGAAGAGCAGAUCAAGUCGGUCCGAAAGUGUUCCAGGGCAGGGUGUGAGAAAAUCGAAGCGGCAGAGGGGACCUUCAAGCUGUGUGGAGGUUGCAGGCUCGCCUGCUACUGCAGCCGUGAGUGUCAAAAAAUGGCAUGGAAGCAGGGCCACAGAGACCAAUGCUGCGGGAAGCAAGAAAACGCGCCUGGGAGGCAGAAGUCGAAGUGA